AUGUCCCUCAAUAUCAGGGCAUGGAAAGCUGUAAUGGUUCUACAUUCGAUACCGCGCCAGGUGAGAUUCCAGAACCAGAGAGGUGAAAGACGGGCGAUCAGGGGCCCGGGCAUUAGGAGGGUUGAUGUAAACCUUUUCAUCCAUCUUCUCUCUAAGGCACGAUCACCAUCGGGUGACCAUCAAAGCUGGGUAACCAAGUGGCUAGAUGAUGCUGCGUGUCGCACAUUCCUGCCAUUGUGUUGCGGCUCUAUAGUCUUUGUAACGAGACAUAAGUUCGAUAGAACAUCCAUGCUCUGUCUGAUUAAGCCUAAUAGUUAA